AGAUUAGGGAUUAUUCUGAUUUCCACUCCUGAAGGCAUCGUUGUAGCCAGAAUUUCUGACACUGCAUCGCAAUAUGUGAAACACAGUAGCAGGGAGCUGAUGUACUCUUAUCAAUGGAAACUGCCUCACACAGCUGCUGGCUCUUUAAAUAACACUCUGAUUACCGAGGUCACAGCUCUCUUUCCAGACAACUAUACACGAAUAGACAUCAAGUCGCCACAAGAGUUACACUGCACAUCACAUGUACAUCUUGGGGUUGAUAAACAUUUUGAGGACACAUGGUUCAGGCAAGACAAAGAGAGAAACACACUAAAGCUGACCUGGUUGUACUGGAAUGAUAAAAGAUGCACUGUCUCAGUAGCUUUCGAUGAUCCACUGUGUAAAGCUUUGUUUCAGGUCCCUAACACAUAUCCUCAUGUCCCCCUGGUCAAAGCAAAGCAGGAUACAUGGGAAUGCUUGGGCCCUUGGACCAGACGUUGUGAGGAAGCUGCUGGCUGGGUAGAGACAUCAGACGCAGGGGUGGAGUUUCACAACCAACUUCAGGUGAAGGAAGCCAUUCCAAAGGCUGCAGAGAGGAAACUGCAUGACUUGGAGCCUGGUGAUUGGAUCGUGGUGAAGGAUUUCAGACGGAAGAACUGGUGGGCUUGCAGGUGGAAUGGUCCCUACUGGAUCUUGCUCACCACUGAAACAGCUGUAAAGGGGGCAGAGAGAGCUACGUGGAUCCACGCCACCCACUGCAUACGAGUACCAGACCCGGGGCCAGCAGCCAAACACCAGACAAGUGAGAUCGAGAUCAGCGAGUGAACCGAACCUUCCUCCCCUUGUGCAUUCAGGGGGUAUUUGAGGGGAGUGGCGGUCCCGAGGGGGGGGUUUCUCUGAGCACAGAGAUUCCACUGGGACCACCUAGAACCACUACCCUCCCGAACCAACAUCACGGGCACACUGAUUAGGGGGUAGGCAGAGGUGACACAACUGAUAAGAUGACACUUGAGACCAGAGAAAGAUGGCGAUGGAGGGGUGACGGACUGAGAAGCCACGGAGACGGGGUGCUGGCCGCUGUCAUCAUUGUCCUGUCAUCAGUCUCACUAAUGGAAACAUUCAAAUCACAACUAACCACAGAAGAAGGAGGGGUCAAAAGGGAGGUGCCACCCAUCUUCCCCAACAUCCCAGCUCAGCUGGAAGACAACACAUGGUAUGCAACUAUACUGACUAUUGCCAGAAAAGUGACUAACCAGAGCUGCUACGCCUGUGUGCAGCUCCCCCAUGGGGUGGGGGAUUCCAUCCCAGGGGAGCCCACGCCAUUAAAUGUCUCCGAGACCCUAGGAGUCAUGGUGGCAUUCACCCGGGGGGGUUACUCUGCAGAACAGAACAGUGAGAGACAUGGGAGCUGCACUCAAGCUAUGUAACAUCAGCAUCACCAACUACGACGGCUCCACAGCCAGGGUUUGGAACAUGAGCCAAAUAACCCAGCAAGGAAUUCAUCGGCCCAUCAUGACUACCAAUCCAACGUCCCAGGCCGGUACGGUUGGAUUCACCAGACAGUGCUACACGUCUAGAGACCACUUCCUGGGGACUUCAGCAUGCAAACAGAUUGUCACUACAACAUGCGGCACCGGGUGGAACAAGGGACAUACAUCGCUCAGCUGAAUCUGACUGACACCACCAGCUUACACCGCCCAGGAAGCUACAAUCCCAUCGUCCUGAUGCGUACGGAGGAUGGAUUUGGAUCCCUAAGAGAGCACGUGUGGGUAUGUGGACAACAUGUUUAUCAAUCCCUCAGACCGGGGUGGUGUGGCACCUGCUACCUUGCUAAGCUGAUAACAUCUGUGAACCUUCUACCCACCAUCACUCAUUUUCACACCCACUAUGCUCACUAUUACUUACCACACAGAGCACGGCGAUCCACUACGAGAGCGUCACCAGGGGAGAAAGGAAUCAGUGGCAUCCUCCCCUGGUGGGGGACUGUGAAUAAUGCACACAAGAUAGACCACCUGGCCAUAGAUCUUGAGAACUUGACGGCACUGGUAGAGGUAGGGUUUUCCACUCUCACUCCUACCAUGCGGGGGAUCAAAAACGUGGCCCUGCAGAACAGAAUGGCUUUGGACUUGAUGCUGGCUGGUCAAGGAGGAGUUUGUCAUAUUAUUGGGACUGAUUGCUGCACCUAUGUUCCAGACAUCACAGACAAUAUGACUCAUGUUGUUUCCCACCUGAACGACCCGCUGCAUGAGGAGAAAAGCCUGGACUCCCAGAGUGUGGGAGGAUGGGAUAUGUGGUCAUGGCUGACUAUGGGAGGAUGGAAGAAUGUGUUGAUGAAAAUGUUGGCACCCGUGCUCCUAGUUAUUGUGCUCUUCCUCCUUUUGACCUGCUGCUGCUUCAGAUCAAUGAUUGCUACAGCAAUUAAAUCAUCUAUGGGUCAGUAUAUGAAUAUGCCAAUAGAAACAUCCAGCUGGGUUUUGAAGUAUGAUGCGAAUUUAGAAUAAAAUGCUCAUGUAUGCUCAUAUAUUACGGCUAGAGCUAUUUAUCUAAUGGUUACAGUUAUAAUAAUAAUAAUAAUAGUUCUGUUGUUUUGCUGAUUCACGCACGCAUAUUGGUUAUAACUUAGUUUUUUGGUUUAGUCUCAUUAAAUUUUUUAGUUCAUUCCUAUUUGUGUCCAGUUAUAAUGAUAAUGAUUGCUAAUGACAGGCUAUUGAAUUGAAGUUCGCUGGAUAAGCUAAUGAUAAGUAUAUGUGGGGUUUUCCCCACUUGUCUGGUUGUUUGAUUUUUUUUUCCUUUCCUACUUAACAUUUGUUCUUAAUUAUUUUGAUUAGCAUUUAUUUUAAGAUGAUUUUAUGCUAAAAAGAGAGGAAUUGUAAUGGCAAGAACA